AUGUCUUUACAACAUUCGCCUCCUCCAGUUUCGAAUAACCCUUCAGAUCCUCCAUUACCUCCAUCUACCCAACCUUUAACCCAAUCAAAUAUUGGUACAAUUUGUUGUUUAUGUGGUAUUCGUAUGGAUGAGAAAAUUGAAUGUUUACUAAUAGUUAAAUGCAAUCAUUAUUUUCAUAGAGCCUGUAUCGAAAAUUAUCUUUCUAAAGAAAACAAAUGCCCUGUGUGUAUGAUUGCUUGUGAAUUAGCAGAUUUGCAAAUAGUUUCGUUUCCGGUGAAAAAGGGUAGGCCGAAUAAAAACACUUCUGGGGCUGUACCGAAACAAUGCCCAACUCGUAGUGUUAUUCGAAAUCUUUUUAACGAAAGUAAUCCUUCUGGAGCGAGUAAUACUCCGAGUCGUUUACGUACCUCUAACAGAACUGAUGAUAAUAUUCAACCAGCUUCUAGAAAUGAAUCGGUUAACUUUCUACCAAAUUCUAAUCAAACACUUGCAGUUGAUUAUAACGAAAUCAAUAAAAUGAUAGAAAUUAAUAUUACAAAAAUUCUUCAAAAUUUAAACCUAAUUACCAACACUUCACAACAUCCUACUGUUUAUAAUAUGACACAGAAUAUACCCCAGAAUCAAUCAAAUUUAGCACCAAGAAUGGAAUCUGAAAGUAAUUUUCUCAAUAAUCCAAAUUUAAACAUGCCAUCUUCCAGUUAUGUAGGUUAUCAAAAUGAUAAAGUAGCCUCAAUAAUACAAAACUGGGGGUUAAAAUUUGAUGGUUCCUCAACCGGACUUACUGCAGAAGAAUUUAUAUAUCGGUUAAAGUCCAUUACAAGGGAUACGUUUAAUAGUGAUUCCACUAUAAUUUGUAAAAAUCUUCAUAUUUUAUUAGUAGGUAAAGCCAGAGAUUAG